AAAAGGAGAGGGAGCAGGAGCAUCAGCAGACACCUGCAAGGAGGACAUCCCAAUCUGCUCUCCGCCUGCUGCAGAGAUGGUGCAAGCAACUCCCUUCCUCCUGGUGCUCUUCCUGGCCCUGGGGGCUCACGGCCUCUCUGUGAAAAAGUGCUCCCUGACCGGGCGCUGGGUCAAUGACCUGGGCUCCAACAUGACCAUCAUGACCAUGAAAUCAAAUGGUGACUUUGCUGGCAUAUACUACACAGCUGUGUCAGCUACCACAAAAAAGAUCGAGCGGUCACCAUUGCUGGGGUCCCAGCACCAGCCAUAUCUGCUGAAGCAGCCCACCUUUGGCUUCACUGUCCAUUGGACCUUCUCAGACUCCAUCACGGUUUUCACGGGCCAGUGCUUCGUGGAUGAGGAUGGAAAGGAGGUGUUGAAGACCAUGUGGCUGCUGAGGUCACACGCGGACAAACCCAUAGACGACUGGAAAGCCACCUUGGUCGGCUACAACGAAUUCAAGCGCCUGGAAAGCCCCAUGGAGCCGGGGUGGUAGAACUGGAGUUCCCAGAGAGGAGUCAGUGCCAGGCUUGUAGCCCUUCCUCCUGCCUCAGGCCCUGCUUCUCCCAAUAAAGCUUUGCUGCAAACAUA